AGCGCUGCUUUUCAGGCUCAUGCGCGUCAGUGGGUCGCUUCCUUGCUUUGCCCUUGCGUAGGAAAUUCGGCGUGUUUUGUCGUUAAACGUUAUUGUGGUGGAAGCAGAACCCGUUAGUGCUCUUCAGCAUGUCUCUCGCUGCUGAGGCGUUCGUCUCUCAGAUCGCAGCUGCGGAGCCAUGGCCGGAAAACGCCACGCUCUACCAGCCUUUGAGAGAGGAUCAGAUCCUCCUGUCUGACUGUGCAUCAUCUUUGGCAGUUCAGGCGUACCUGAGGAUGUUGGGGCUGCCGGUGCGAGUUCACUGUCGUGCCAACGCUGAGUACAUGUCGCCAUCAGGGAAAGUUCCUUUCAUUCAUGUCGGUAAUCAGGUCGUUUCAGAGCUCGGAACGAUCGUGCAGUUCACACGUGCCAAGGGCCACUCUCUGAGUGACAGCCUGGACGACGUGCAGAGAGCUGAGAUGAAGGCGUACAUGGAGCUGGUCAACAACAUGCUGCUCACAGCAGAGAUGUAUAUUCAAUGGUGUGAUGAAAAUACAGCUGCAGAGAUCACGAGGCCACGUUACAGCAGUCCGUACUCAUGGCCUCUGAAUCACAUUCUGGCGUAUCAGAAACAGUGGGAGGUGCGUAGGAAGAUGAACGCUAUCGGCUGGGCGGGAAAAAGUCUUGAACAGGUGUAUGAGGAUGUUAGUCAAUGUUGUCAGGCUCUCUCACAGCGACUUGGAACCCAGCCUUUCUUCUUCAAUAAACAGCCGACCGAACUGGACGCCCUGGUGUUUGGUCACCUCUUCACAAUCCUGACCACGCGCCUCACCUCCGAUGAGCUCAUGGAGAAGGUGAAGUCCUACAGCAACCUGCUCUCCUUCUGCCGAAGAAUAGAACAGACUUAUUUUGAGUCCCAGGACAGAGACAGCCAAUCGGGUGCCUUGGAUUUCUCAAAAGGCCCCUCCCUUAUGUAAGGCUCCGCCUCGCUUAUGUUAGACCUCCUCGUUUAAACGCUGAUCUGAUUCUGACUGACUCUGAGCCAUUAUAUGGUAAUAAAUCACACACAGAUUAGUGAAAGAAAGGAGGACGUCAGAUCAUUCAGAGCCACCAGACAAUCCUCAGUGUUUAAAUGUACUCUUCUUUCCAUCUGUCUGUUUGAACAAUAACUACAUAAGAAGGUCUGAAUAGUUUAGAUCAGGAUUAAAAUAUCUACCAGGUGUGAUGUUUAUUUUACACACAAAUAGUUCUGGGUUUGUGUUUCUCUUAAGACCAUGUUUAAAAAAAAUAUUGUAACUCCUAAAUAAUCCAUUGUUUGAAGAAAUGUACAUACCUGCAAUUAAAGCUGGCAACCUGCACAUGAA